AAUGCGGCCAUGGCUCUUUUCUACGUCAAUGGUACCUACCAGCCCUCUCUCGGCCACCUGCAUUCAUCCUCUAGCGCGAGUCCACAGCACGUCAGAAGCUUAUAGGCCCUGCUUCGCUCAUGUUCAACAACAACACUCCUUCCGGGCUCUCACACCGGGCAUCGUCAGAGCUAUUAGGAGAUCUUGACAACACCAGUACAAGCGGCAGCUACCCAUUGCGAUCAUUCGCAGACUACUCACGACCCAACAUGGCUCAACCAGGCGAGCAAGUGCCUGAUCAGAAACACCCACUGCAACCACAGAGUCCAGGCGCAGAGGAUGUCACUUCAGAAGAUGAUGCGAAGGGAUUCAGAGGCCCAGCUACCUUUGGUAGCAUUCGAGGCGGAGAUCGACCUCGUACGGCAGGACGAGAUCGUUCUCACAGCAACACCUCCAAAUGGGAGCAGACUCAGCCGCCUCGACUAGAAUUCGACUUCAAUGAAGAAGAAACCGCUAGUCAAGCCCCGCAACGACGACCUUCAAGACAGCAGAUCAUGCGAUAUGGUCCCCCGGAAGAGUAUGGAUACAACGACCGUCCAUACUGGCCACGUCCUCCGUACGACUACGGAACACCGGUUCGUCCGCCUCCAUCAGCUAUGGGCGGCGACUAUUGGGGCGAAGACCCGUCAUACUACAAUCGACCAUACCCACGACGAAUGAGCUCCGUUCGAGAGUCUGACGAGUGGCGAUCAGCGGCUGGCGGUGGAAGGGGGCCGCCUGGCCCACCAAGGCGACGAUACACACCGUACGACGACGACCCAUCAGAAUGGAAUGAUGACGAUGAGAGACCGCUUCGUCACCGACAUCACAGAAGGGCAGGAGGGCAACCGCCGUCCUCCAAGAGUCCUCCACCGGAGGUCAUCAUGCGCCUACCAUUUACUGAAUGGAUGAACCGAUCAGCCAAAGCUCAUUUUGUAGCCGCACUAGGCGAGUUCAUGGGAACCACCAUGUUCUUGUUCUUCGCAUUCGCCGGAACGCAAGUCGCAAACAUUGGUGCAGGCGACAACGAGAACCAGACGACAACCAACGCCUCCACUGGAUUCAGUCCUAUCGUGCUGAUGUACAUCUCGCUCUCUUUCGGCUUCAGUUUGAUGGUGAACGUCUGGAUCUUCUUCCGUAUCUCGGGUGGAUUGUUCAACCCCGCCGUGACCCUCGCCAUGAUGAUUGUCAAGGGAGUUGGCAUAGUAAGAGGCGUUCUACUCAUCGCUUCCCAAAUCCUUGGCGCCAUCUUCGGGUCGUACAUUGUGUCAGUUCUGUUCCCGACCACGUUCAACGUGCGGACGACUUUGUCAGACGGCACAUCCGUCGCUCGUGGUGUCUUUAUCGAAGCGCUACUAACUGCAGAACUGGUCUUUACAAUCUACAUGUUGGCCAACGAAAAGCACAAAGCUACAUUCAUGGCGCCCGUUGGUAUCGGUCUUGCACUAUUCGUGGCAGAACUGAUUGGCGUUUACUACACUGGUGGCAGUCUGAACCCAGCCCGAUCUUUCGGUCCAUGCGUCGUCUCCGGAGUCUGGGACCCAGAGCACUGGAUUUACUGGGUCGGUCCAGCUGCAGGAGCUCUCUUAGCAUGGGCAUUCUAUCGCCUGAUCAAGAUGCUCGAAUACGAAAUGGCCAACCCGGGACAAGAAUCUGCCAGCAAAGAAGAGGCGGCAGAGGAGGCAGAAGAGAUGACGCCGAAGAAGGAAGUUGUAUAGUUCAAGGAUGUUGGCAUUAUUAACGGGCGUUGAGCAUGAGCAUCGAGCACGAAAGCUGAACUCCCACGAGUCUAUCAAAACUAAUGACCAAUGACCGACUGUAGUACAUAGUAGAUACCUUUUGCAUGCAGCGG